AUCCAAGGUGAUGGAGGCUUAGACUGAAGGAAGAGCCCAGAGCCAGGGGAGGCAGCAGGAAGUGAUUGGAUUUGGGGUGUAUUUUGAAGGUAGAGCCAACAGGACUUAUAAAGCAUUGGAUAAGGAGUAUAAGAAAAACUCUGGAGUCAAGGAUGACUUCUGGGUUUUGGUCUGAACAACUAGAAAGACAAAAUUGCUGUGGAGUAGGAAGAUUGCAGGAGAGUUUUGGAUGUAAGUUUAAGCCACCCAUCAGGCCUCUGAUCGGAGAUGCUGAACAGGUAGCUGGAGGUGUGCAUCUGGACUCCAGAGGAGAGGCCCGAGCUCAGGAUGUCAGCCUGCAAGCUGUCAGCAUUCGGUGACAUUUCAAAGGUGUGGAAUCAGAUGAGACAGAAGACGAAAGGAGAGAUGACUGAGUCCUGGAGCAUUCCAAACUGUAAAGGCCAACAUGACGCAGAGGACCCAGCAAAGGGUGCUGGGAAGGCGUGGUUCGGGAGGUCAUGGGAGAAGCAGAGAGAGCAGGAGCAAGCGAAACAUGUGUUUGAAGCGGGAGGGAGUGAUGACCUGCGUGCGUGUUGCAGAUAAGUCCAAUGAGAUGAGGACAUUGUGUUGCAGAUCUGUUUAUAUAGUUGCCUCCUUCCGUUGGCUGAGAAUUCACUGGAGGCAGGAACGCAUCCAGCAAUGUAUUACCUACAGCCCUGAGGUGAGUGAUACACAAAUGCCAUUUAACGGCUCCUUUGCCUUAGGCUGGUUGUCUCAGUACCUCUAAGCUUCAGUCUCAUCUGUAAAAUGGGGAAGGUACGGUAUCUUUCCCAUUGAGUCAUCAUGAGGAUCCAGUGAGACUGUCCAGAUGAAGCACAAAGCAUAAUCCCUUUCACAGCAUUACGCCCGUGACUGCUCUCGUCAGCAUUAUUAAUCUAGCGUCCCUGGCGCAGCGCCCCUCCUGUUGAGCAACAUUGGGCGAAUGCAUGUGAGACAGCACUGAUCCUCACAGAGUGGGUUCUGGAAGAAGAGAGGGCGAGAAGUCUUCAGGGGCAGAGCGGAGGCGAUGGAGCUCCCCAACUAUAGCCGGCAGCUGCUGCAGCAGCUCUACACUCUGUGCAAGGAGCAGCAGUUCUGUGACUGCACCAUUUCCAUCGGUGCCAUUUACUUCAGGGCCCACAAGCUCGUCCUGGCUGCGGCCAGCCUCCUGUUCAAAACCCUGCUGGACAACACAGACACCAUCUCCAUCGAUGCGUCUGUCGUGAGCCCCGAGGAGUUUGCCCUCUUGUUAGAAAUGAUGUACACUGGCAAACUACCCGUGGGCAAGCACAACUUCUCCAAAAUCAUCUCUCUGGCCGACAGCCUCCAGAUGUUUGAUGUGGCCGUUAGUUGUAAAAAUCUUCUCACCAGCCUUGUGAACUGCUCUGUUCAGGGUCAGGUGGUGAGGGAUGUCUCCGUACCAUCCUCAGAGGCAUUCAGGAAGGAACCGGAGAAGCCUGAAGUAGAAAUCCUUGCCUCUGAGGGCGCUGCAGAGUCUCGUCCUUCCCUGGAGGCUUCUGCCCCUCUAGCGGGCCCUGUGAAAGCCGAGACUGAGGACGCACGAGAGAUGAGUAUGGGGCCUUCCAGUGCCCAGGAGAUGCAGGGGAACACAGACACCUCGGUGGAGACUCCUCGUCCAUCUGAAGUUUGUUCCUCCUCUCCUGCUGUACAAGCCUUUAGAGAGGCAAAGGGGGCAAGCACACAGCCAGAGUAUGAGAGGAAACACCAUCAGCUGAAUUUUCUUCUGGAGAAUGAAAGUGUCUUCUCUGAUGCACUCUUGGUAACCCAGGAUGUUUUAAAAAGACUAGAAGAGUGUUCGGAAAUUAAAGGUGCAGAGGAGGAGGAUAAAAUGAGGCAGAAAGUAGUCAUGGAUAACCCCAAAUCAAGACUGAAUGAUAAAAACCAGAGCAGAACAAUAAGAAAUACUCAAAACAAGACUAUAAUGGGAUGUCUUGAGGGUGAAGAAGGACACUCGGCAUUCCAGAGAAUCCUGGAUAAAGUAAGAGACGAGAGCCUGGAUGUUCAGACUGUCGUGUCGCUCUUGAAGCUGUACCAAGAUUCCGAUCCCGCAGUAAAGGCAGCACUGUUAGACAGAAAGCCGGAAGAUGUCGAUGUGGUGCGGCCAAAAGGGAGCACAGAGGAGGGAAAGACCUUGUCUGCUCUGUUACUAGAACACAAAGAGGACCUGAUCCAGUGUGUCACACAGCUGAGACCUAUCCUGGAGUUUCUGGAAACAGCCAAGGAGGAAUUCCUGACUGGCACUGAAAAAAGGGUGAUCCUGGAUUGCUGCGAGGGCGGGACACCCAAGGAGACAAUGGAGAAGCUACUGCACAGAGUGUCUGAAGAUAAGACUCUGACUGCAGAGAGUUUGGUAAAACUCCUUCAGGCUGUGAAACCGACGUCCCCACACUUGGGCCUUCUGCUGGAGAAUUUGCAGCGAUUAGCCACCUCGUCAGGCACCCCAGUCCGAGCAAGCCCUGAUGAUUAUGGGACCGAGCUGUUGAGGCGGUAUCAUGAAAACCUCUCGGAGAUUUUCACAGACAACCAGAUAUUACUAAAAGUGAUCCCACAUGUGAAGGGUUUAGCCCGUGGAGAAAGAGAGGUCAUGGAGAAGCUCGUGAAACGUGACUCUGACUCGGGUGGUUUCAGUUCUCUGAUGUCAGCAGUUCUAGAAAAGCAGACUCUCUCUGCAACAGCCAUUUGGCAAUUGUUGCUGGUGGCUCAGGAGACCAAGACCUGCCCCCUGAACCUGCUCAUGGAGGAAAUACGAAGGGAACCUGGUGCCGAUGCCUUCUUCCGGGCAGUGGCCAGCCCAGAAAGUGCAGCCUUGGAAGCCGUCCUGAGGCAUCGCAGACUGAUCUUAGAGGCCAUCCAACAGGGGGUGGGACUCAAGUGCUUUACUGCAGAGGAGGAACAGCUGGUAGACGCUGUGAAGGAGAUUCUGAGCAUUUCCUCUGAGACAGCCAGCCCUGAAGCUUCCCUGAAAGUAGUGCUGAGCAGAGCCAUGGAAAAAUCUGUCCCGGCCAUUGAGAUAUGUCACCUCCUGUGCAGCGUCCACAGAUCUUUCCCAGGCCUGCAGCCUGUCAUGCAUGAGUUAGCAUACACUGGCUUCCUUACUCAGGAAAGUGGAGGGAGGGAAAGAUGGAAGGUGAAUGCUAAAUUUCACCGUGAAGCCAACGACAGAGCAGAUGAGAAGGUAGCCGAGCCAGCAGAGGAAGGCUGCCAGUCUGGGAAACAGAGCGGUCAAGGCGAGACCAGUUCCUUGCCAGAGCAACAAGAGAAAGACGCGUCUGCCUCCCCCGACUCUGCCAAGAAGAGCUUCGUCUGUAAGGCCUGUGACAAAAGCUUCCAUUUCUACUGCCGCCUGAAGGUGCACAUGAAGCGCUGCCGGGUGGCCAAGAGCAAACAGGUGCAGUGUAAGGAGUGCAACGAGACCAAGGAUUCUAAGAAGGAGCUGGAAAAACAUCAGCUGGAGGCCCAUGGUGCAGGAGGAGAGCCCGAUGUCCCGAAGAAGAAGAAGAAGAGGCUGCCGGUGACAUGUGACCUCUGUGGAAGAGAAUUUGCCCAUGCCUCAGGCAUGCAGUACCACAAACUGACAGAGCACUUUGACGAGAAGCCUUUCUCCUGUGAAGAGUGUGGGGCCAAGUUUGCAGCCAAUUCUACCCUAAAGAACCACCUUCGCCUUCACACGGGGGACCGCCCGUUCAUGUGCAAGCACUGCCUCAUGACCUUCACCCAGGCCUCUGCCCUGGCCUACCACACCAAGAAGAAGCACUCAGAAGGGAAAAUGUAUGCCUGCCAGUACUGUGACGCUGUGUUCGCCCAGUCCAUUGAACUGUCCCGCCACGUGAGGACCCACACCGGGGACAAGCCGUAUGUCUGCAGGGACUGUGGCAAGGGCUUCCGGCAAGCCAACGGCCUGUCCAUCCACCUGCACACCUUUCACAACAUAGAAGAUCCGUACGACUGCAAGAAAUGCAGGAUGAGCUUCCCCACUCUGCAGGACCACCGCAAGCACAUCCACGAGGUGCACUCCAAGGAGUACCACCCCUGCCCCACGUGUGGCAAGAUCUUCAGUGCCCCUUCCAUGCUGGAGCGGCACAUGGUGACCCACGUCGGAGGGAAGCCCUUCAGCUGCGGGAUCUGCAACAAGGCCUACCAGCAAUUGUCUGGUUUGUGGUACCACAAUCGGACCCACCACCCUGAUGUGUUUGCUGCUCAGAACCAUCGAUCUUCCAAAUUCUCGUCACUCCAGUGCAGCUCCUGUGACAAAACCUUUUCCAACACCAUUGAACACAAGAAGCACAUCAAGGCAGAGCAUGCAGAUAUGAAGUUCCAUGAAUGUGACCAGUGUAAGGAGCUCUUCCCCACGCCAGCAUUGCUACAAGUUCACAUCAAGUGCCAGCAUUCAGGAUCCCAGCCGUUCAAGUGCUUGUACUGUACAGCCACCUUCCGCUUCCCGGGAGCCCUACAGCACCACGUCACCACGGAGCACUUCAAGCAGUCAGAGAGCACCUUCCCCUGUGAGCUCUGUGGGGAGCUCUUCACCUCCCAGGCCCAGCUGGAUGGUCACUUGGAAUCUGAACACCCAAAGGUGAUGGGCUCUGAACCCCAAGCAGCAGCCUCACAGGUGGUACAGGUGAUCCAAACCCCAGAGCCGGCAGCCCCGACAGAGCAGGUGAUCACUUUGGAGGAGACCCAGCUUGCUGGGUCACAGGUGUUUGUGACGUUGCCAGAUUCGCAGACAUCUCAGACCAGCUCUGAGCUUGUGGCAGUGACCGUGGAGGAUUUGCUAGAUGGUACUGUGACCCUGAUCUGUGGCGAGGCCAAAACCGACAGUGUUGGGGUCCUGGGCACGGAGACCACUGCCCUCCCCAGGAGACGGACCUACUUUCCACAGGCCUGCUGCCGUGGCCUCUGAUGAGCAGUGGGCUGGGAGCUGGUGACCGGGGCACUGGAGAGGUGCUGCAGGCCGGCGGCCUUCAGUGUGCAGCACGGUGGGUAGAGGUGGGCCUGCAGCCCACAGACUGGGCCUUCCAAUGGUGCUUGUGCCUCCUGGCCAUUUAGAAAUGAGAAAAAAGCACCAACACACCAUCCAGAGACCCCCCCCCCCGGCUGGAGCACACUUGGCUCCUUCCUCACUGUCAUCCUCCCAUCCGCUUGGGUGGCCCGGCCCUCUCCUGGUGGCAGGAGGACAGGGAGCAGCGUGUUCACACAGGCUGAGUCCCAGCUCAUCAGCACAGUUAGCCCUUGCCCAAACCAAGCCUUGCAGGGUUUCUGCGGGAUGCGCUCUGUGUGGGGCCAUCCAGCUGCAGACAAUCCCUGCCCUUCCAGGGUCUUCUCCACAGUGUUCUGUACCCGAGGGCUGUCCCCGCAGCCUUCCGUGUUCUCCUCAGAGCCGAGACUGUCUUCCCCUUGCUCCAGGGCCUGUGGAGGGCUCACAAACCAGCGCCGGUUGCCAGGGCACCCCGGCUCCUCCCCCCGCCACGGUCUCCCUGUCUUGUGAGCAGCCUGCUGUCCAGUUCCUCCAGGCAGCGCCUGUUACUGCGGGCUAGUGAUCCUUUGGUGUCUGAAUUUCACAAAGCUUUUUUAUCUUCAGUUCCUAAAAUCUGGUAAUUAAUGGUUUGUGGAAUCCGUUAUGAAGUGCAAUUAGAUGGAUGUAGGUUCCUGCCGUUCGGAGGGAAUGACUAGCAUUUAUCUUCCUUUCCUCGAUGCCAGAAGGUCGAAGUCUGCUAGUGCAGUGUUUACACACCGGGCAGGGCUGCCGGCCGCCUGGUGCAGCGUCACCCCUGGCAGUGCGCAACUUCAUCACUCACCCUCCAGCUACGGGCCGGCAGAGGACAAGCCCACGCCUUCUUUCCAAGCGCAUUUCAUGUCACCAGGUACAAGCAGGGGCAAGGGGUCAAUUUGGGACACGGUCGGGACUUCCACUGCCUCCGCACACUGCGGCCCGUAGGACAGAAGGCAGGGCCCCGCCACUGCCUGCCGUGGCUGCUGUGGCUGCCGUGGCCGCCGUGGCCGUCUGGCUAUGCGCCAGCAGCGAGUUCCAGUGCAGGCCUGCGCACCCAGGCAGCUAACUCCUCCCACCUCCAGUCGCGUCCUCAUUUUGAUCUGCAAGUCACUUGAGCUUGUCGGCUCAGGGAUCUUCCCAUUCUGGAGUAAAUGAAGUUUUCAAAGGCAAGUCCUCAGAAGCCGAAACCUGACCAGAAGAUGGUGCUCAAACCUUGAAGACGUGGCCUCCACACAAAGCCCUCCCUGCUCCUGCCAUGGCUGGCUCUUCUUCAGGUGGUGCGGUCCCGGGAGCCGUCAGAGCAGGAGAGCUCUUGAUCUGCAAGUGGCAGAAUGGCACCAAAUCUCCUGUUGGCACCAGCUGAAGCCCUCUGAAAGGGACCAGAGUGGUUCAGCCCAGCGGACAAGGAUGCUGGUCGGCUGCGGUGGUUGGGGGUUGCGGGGUCAUCAGAAUUUCUGCUCGCCGAAAAACAAAUAAGAACUGAAUUGCUGAGGGCCUGUGGGGGAAAGUGGUUUUUCUUUUUCAGAAGUCUUGUGAUGAAAGAAAGCUGUAAGUUUUUAAACCAAGUUUCACAUCCUUUCAAGUACCGAGAACUUGCUCGGGUUUCCGACAGAGCCCCCGAUGGUGGCAGGGCAUGCGUUUCCUUCAGAAUCGCGGGCCCCACAGCUCGCUUGCUGUGUGGGGCGCACACAGAGAGGUGGGCGCUGUCGUGGAUGCGCACUCACCUACCCCGUGGCACAGCUGGCAGGAGGCACGGACACUGUGCUGCCUCCAUUCAGGAAUGAGGAAAGGUGCGUUCUGAACGUAGCCUUUGCUCUGAGUGGACCUCUGCAAGGGGCUGCCUUGGCAGCGAUUUUAUAGUGUCACUCCCUAGAGAUGCCCAAGUGUGGACUUUAUUGUAGGAAGACUUUUCCUAGCUCUGCUUGGCCAUUUUGUUCUUUCUUCCCACUGCUGAAUGUCUGCCACAGAGGACAUUGUCAUCGUGCUCUCCUCGGUCCCCCUCACUUGCUUUCUCACAGCAGAGGUGUCUCUGCCUCGUUGCCAUGGGUGCAUCCUGGUGGCCUCCAGGCUGAACCCUGGGGGCAUUUGUGGUGGUGUGGAGGAUGUGGGCUCCUUGGAACCCCUGCCUGAAUAUGUCCAUUGGGACCCCAGACUUUCUCUGCUCCCAGAGCUCAUGAAGCAGCUGGUGAGGAGAGACAGGCCGUCAGAUUCCAAGCUGGAUUCUAAAUCUGUGGGAGUAACGGGGAUCGCUUAGGGAACGGGAUUUGCCAUUCCAGGUAAGUGAGGCAACAGGUAGGAGAUUCAAGAGCAGGGGUUGCCAGAGGAACAUGGGACUGUCCCAAGGACAUGCCAGCACCUGGCCACAGGGGCAGCAGAGGGGCAGAGGCAAAGGCAAAGCUGUUUAAAGCCUGUCUCUUCUGUCUCAGAAGCUUUGUGUUUAGAAAACAUGGAGCCCAGCGAGUACCAAGGACUGUGCUGUGAAUCCUGGGUUCCCCUGGUGAUCCAAGGCUUCUCUGUGGAAGCGCUCUGACUCUCCUCUCUCCCCGACCACCGGCAUUGGCCCCGUUCCUCAGGGAAGAGCUCUGAUGGCCAGGUGCUGAGGGACAAAACGGGGUCCAGUCUGACAGGUGAAUGGGGGGAAAGGUCCCCUUCUCUUCUGGUUUAAAUAAGUCAGGGAUACUCUCAGAAUCAAGAAGAAAGAUGAGAUGGGCCCUAAGAGUUUCUCACCCCAGGUGAUGUCACGGUCACCACAGGCUGAUGACAUAUUAAUGAAAUGGGAGGGCUGUGCCUUUAAAUCUCAUGUGCCCGGGAUCUGUGAAUUGCCUAAGGGAUGGAAGAAACUGCUAACCUCACAUAGACGGUUCUAGGGCAUAAGGAGUGUUUGUAUUAAAUUGGGGCUAGAAAGCAGGACAAUGACGGAGUAACGGCUGAGAUGCUUUAAUUAUUUCUCCCAAAGAAAGAAUAGCAGCCUUAGCCCUCUCCACUUGGUCCAGUAUGUCCCAGGGACCCUUGGGAGGUAGGGGAAAUGGGAGUAACAGUAAGAUUUGGGGUUGAAGAAGGUAUCAGAGGCAAGCUGAUGACUGUUUCGUGGCCGUGGAACACCUUGGGGUUGUAGGACUUGGGCUAGAAGCUCAAAACACAGCCAGAGCUCGGAAACUUCCUGCAUGUACAGCUGUGCCUAUAAGGACGAGAGAAGCUGCCUGUGCUCUGGGAUUACGCUGUUGAGAAAAAUUUGAGGAAAACUAUCGCCUGGGCUAAUUCACAUUGUGUCCAAAUCAUGGAAAUGUUCAUCGUUUCUCUUCCCAAGGCCAGCCACACCUCCCACCACGGUCGGGACAGCCAGCCAGCACCUGAUGCUGUGUAAAUUAGAUUACGAACCAUUAUUUUCAUUUAACUUUUGCACUAUUCUAUAUAAAUAAAAUAUGUACUUUGAAAAA